AUGGCCGACAUCUUUAGACCGUUGCCUCCACAGCGAAGGGGGUCAGAAAUCAAUCCGGUACAAACUAGCGAUGAGGAUUCACUGGCACAUCUCGAUGCUCCUCCCUCCAAACUGCGACAGCGGAGAGCCAUUCCACGCAUUGCAAGCCUCGAUAUUCUCAGUGCUGCCAAAUUGGUAGGAAGCAACUGCCCAAGUAUCAGAUCCGUCGGUUCGCAUUCAUCUUGUCAUCAGCUGUCGCCCUCCCUGGUGGAACCAACUGAGGUUGUCUGGUACCAGGACCGAGACCAAACGGAGGCUCCAAUGUCUCUGGAUCAGAUGGUCGACGCCCUGCAUUACAUUAUGAUGACCAAGUCAGUUCUCGACCCAGUACCCAGAGAAUACAAUUCGUACAUUUUGCAUUUGCUGGAAGGCUAUUGGAGCGUCCAGGUGCUACUCAAGAAAACAGAAAAAAUUCUUAAAGAGGAGUUGGAAACCAGUCAACGCAGCAUCAAUGAAUUUACCAAGAUGUCCGAUGAAUGGCAGGAGAAGGAGGCUGCCUUCCGAGCUGAGAUCAAGCGCUUGGAAUUGGUACUCGCAAAAGUCGCCCCUGAGGGCGUCGGUGCCGUUGUCCUGGCUAGGUCUGAAAGCGUCGUGGACAGAAGCGCCACAUCCUCAAGGAUGUUCAAGGCCAAAAUUGAGAAUGCCAGAUGCAGUCCUGAAAAAGUGUCGAUGCAACCGAAUCUGGACGACAAUGCGGAUGUCGAAUUGAGUCAGGAGCUGAGAAAGGUUCAACGAAGACGGCAUCGGACCAUCAAACAUGGCAGAAAGAACAUGCCCCUGGAUCCAGCAGCCAUAGUUCGGGCCCUGGACACAAGCUCUUCAGAGGAGGAUAACAGUCUGAAUCCGUCGCAGAGGGCAAACAACUUACCUGCCAGAACGCAGGCAGCCCAACUGUCUCGUGCGGCGCCACGUAUGCAGGAUACCGGAGCAUCGUAUGCCUUUCAAUUGGCCACCAACACACCGGAGUAUGACAGUUUGAGGCAGCCACCUGGUUCCGUGUAUCGAGGAACGCUUGGCGUCAACCCAGCAGGAAAUGAAGCUAUUGCUGCAGCCAAGGCGGCUGGUGAGCGGUCGUCUGUUGCUCGCCCGAAUAUCAUAAGCUCGGCAACCGGUAAACUCCCGGAACAACCUGCCCGGAGAGCUUCCCAAACUCACCAACAUAAAAGAGAGUUCUCCUUCGAGGCCGGAAAGGACGGCAUCCAGCUACAAUCGUUUGGGAAUGUUUCUGACACGGGAAAGGAACGGAGUGCCCACGGAUGCGAAAUCGAGCCAUCGGUCGUCAGACAGACACCUUCACCGGAGAGUAGGAAUAUUUUAUUGUCGAGCAGAACACGUGCAUCAGCGCAGCAGCGCCAAAUGCCUCAUGGCGAUACCCAGGCCGGGCCUCACAGCUCGGAGCGGGGGCAUCUCAGCACCUCUAUGGCAGAGAACGUGAGCGGAGAGGUUGACGAACUUGGCAGUAAAUCCAGCGUUCGCAACCAAUAUUGCAGUUCGCGUACACAAAGUGUAUACCGCGGAUAUUCCGAAGGUGCUGGUAACCUCCCCGAUGAUGAGUUUGGAGAUCGCGGCAGGCCCGUGGAGCGGCGAGCUACAGGGACUAGCCACUCACGGACAGCGGCAUACGAGGCACUGAGGUGGGCAGACAGCGAGGGGCAGGAAAACGACGAGUCUGUAUUGUAAGCUCCACUGUCUUGUAUAAGUGAUUAUACCCCAGGCUUUUGCAAAGGAGGGACGACCUUGGCAGAUAUACUAGUUAAUGAGGACAGCAGCUUGCAUGG